AUGAAAAUCUCGAAUGUUUUGACCCAGGCCUGGGGACUACUGGCUCUAGUCAACGCCCCAGUUGAAGCUAGAGGACACUCUCGAACUGAGGCGUGUCAUCCACACCAUCCAUUCAAGCCCCUUCCAUCCAGCCAACCUAGAACUCGCACUUGCCAUGUAGCCAAUCAUGGCGAUGGGCAGGACGAUUCCGCCAAUGUGCUUGCUGCAUUGAAGAAAUGCAACAACGGAGGAAAGGUCGUAUUUGAUACUGACAAGACAUACACAAUUGGCAAAGCACUUGACAUGACUUUCUUGAAGCAUGUGGAUCUCGAGAUCCAUGGCCAUGUCCAGUUUAGCAAUGACACGGACUACUGGCAGGCAAAUGCUUUCAAGCAGAUUUACCAGAACGCUGCGACAUUCUUCCAGCUCGGUGGCGAGGAUGUCAAUGUUUACGGUGACGGUGUUCUUGAUGGCAAUGGCCAGGCCUGGUAUGACUUAUAUGCAAAGGAUCCCUUAAUCCUGCGACCGAUUUUGAUGGGUGUCAUUGGUCUUAACGGAGGUACCAUUGGACCUCUCAAACUUCGUUAUUCACCUCAGUGGUAUCACUUCGUGGCCAACUCAUCCGAUGUCCUGUUCGACGGAAUCGAUAUCAGUGGGUUCAGCAGUAGUGCGAAUACGGCGAAGAACACUGACGGAUGGGACCUCUAUCGCUCGACUAACGUUGUCAUCCAGAACUCGGUGAUCAACAAUGGAGAUGAUUGUGUCUCCUUCAAGCCCAAUGUCAGCGAUAUCCUGGUCCAGAAUCUUCACUGCAAUGGAUCCCACGGAAUAUCUGUUGGCUCUUUGGGACAGUAUCCAGGCGAGGUUGAUAUUGUUCAGAACGUGCUUGUAUACAAUAUCUCCAUGUUCAAUGCAUCUGACGGUGCUCGUAUCAAAGUCUGGCCUGGUGCUGCGUCAGCGCUCUCGACAGAUCUCCAAGGCGGCGGCGGAUCGGGGCUGGUGAAAAACAUCACCUACGACGGAAUGACCAUUGACAAUGUUGACUACGCCAUUGAGGUUACCCAGUGCUACGGACAGAAGAACCUGACGCUUUGCAAUGAGUUCCCUAGUAAGCUAGUGAUUGAAGAUAUUCUCUUCAAAAACUUCAAAGGUGUCACGUCAGGGAAAUAUGACCCCAAUGUUGGUACAAUUGUUUGUUCAAGUCCCGAUGUUUGCUCCAAUAUCAACGCCAAGGGCAUCGAAGUUUCUAGCCCUGAUGGGGAUGAUGGGUUUACAUGUACAAACGUUGAUGUCUCGCUGCUGGAUUUGAACUGUGAUUCCAGCUGA